UCUAGAUUAAUUCUAGCUCAGGGCCCUAGAGGUGAAUAACAACAGCAGUAACAAUAGAAGCUAAUGCUUCCACACACAGCUAUAGCUCCUCCCUACUCUGAGCAAUGAAAAUUUAUAGCUACAUUAACAAAUAUAAUACACAUAUAUACUGAUUCAGUUAACCUUCACAGUGUUUUAUAUUACCCUUCAUUAGGGCUGGAAAGGCAGCACAUAAUGAUUAUGCAAAAGGACUUUUAUGCCUGAUGUACCAAAGGUCUCAAGUUUAGUCCCCAGCACCACCAUAAACCAGACUUGAGCAAUACUCUGGUUUAAAAAAAAAAAAGACAUAAUUAAAAGAAAAGAAAUUAACCUUGGUUGAUAGAGAUUCACAGCAAAUUAAUUGUCCAUCUAUUAAUUUAUAUAGCUAACUAGGUUCCACAGUCCAUGCUCUUAACCAAGAUGCAUCACACACACACACACACACACACACACACACACACACACACACACUCAUGCACUAUCAGGUGCCCAGGUGCUGACCCAGCCACCUUAUCAGACUCCCUCACCCCCACUCCCCAACUAACAUCAGAUUGGUCACAGCUGGGCCUCUGCUCACGGCAAACCCUGAAAACAGAGAAGAUGGGUCACACGUGGACAGGGCCCUUUUAUAGCCCCACAACCCUAGCGGGCUCUGCCUUCUACCAUCCAACUUACCAGCUAUUACCUGUACCCACUCUGCUCACUCACCAUGGUGAAGGUCCUUGCCCUUCUGCUGGUCACAGCCCUUGCAGUGGCCUAUGCUGUUCCUGACCCCCGAGGAAUCUUUAUCAACCUGGAUGAGGGUGAGCUCUGCCUGAACAGCGCCCAGUGCAAAAGCCACUGCUGCCACCGACCCACUGGAAUGAGCCUGGCCCGCUGCGCACCCAAGUCCAGUGAGAACAGCGAGUGCACCCCUCUUAACCUCCAUGGGACUUACUACAAGUGUCCCUGUGAGCGAGGCCUGACCUGUGAGGCAGACAAGUCUAUCGUGGGCUCCAUCACCAACACCAACUUUGGCAUCUGCCUCGAUGCUGGACGAAAGGCUAAUGAGUAAAGCGGCAUGCACAACAUGGAGCCCAGUGCACUGAAGGAUGAAGACCAGCCUGCCCUUCCACCCUGCGUGGGCCACCCGCCUUGACUAGCAAUUCCAUUUUUUGAAUGGGUUCUUGGCAAUUAAAGCUCCUCCCGCAAACCUUCCUUGA